AUGAGACCAUCAGGCUUGAACGAUGUUAAAGUAUGGAUGCGAUGGUACUACUACCCCGAGGAGUCCAUUGGGAGUGGCAGCCAGUUCCAUAGUGCCUCUUCUUGUCAGACCAUUAUGAUAUGCAAAGUUCUCACACCAUUUAUGGCAAGUUUUAUCGUCACACUGUUAAGAAGUGCUCCAAGCUCGAGAACGUGGGGUCUGAGGAUAAUUACUUUUGGGGAUUUGUGUACAAGGCUACUACUGGAGGGUUCACUCCCUACUGGUUUGCUGUGUAUUACAAGUGUGAAAUGCCUUAUAAAUCAAAUAAUCUCAUGUUGCAAUGUGAAGGGUUCAAGGGCUAGUUUCAUCCUUCUUGCAUGGAUAUGA